ACAAAAAGACAGAAAGAAUGAGCGGUGAAUAUACCGAUGUUUAAUAUGUUGUGUUCUGCACGGGAUCCCGGUGCAGUGCAGCCUUGCCGGCAUCCAGAGCCGAGCCGGGGCAUAUUGCUGGGCUGGAGCUGUAAUAUGUGGAUUAUCCUAAUUCUGAAUGGUGGAUCGGCUUCAUGAGCCUGGGCAGCCUAUGGAGCCGCACCGUUAUGGCGCCUCUCCCAUAGCCCAUGUUAACCACCGUCUCCCUGUCCCGUCAAAGCCUACUACUUUGUAUCAGCCUGCAGCGAUCAGCGCAGACGAGACGGGACACCUUAGUCACAGUGAAACUGGAGAAUGGGGCCUCUGUGGCGCGGCUGCACAGGGAAUAAGGGGUUGCUUAUUGCGGGGGGAGAAAAAAAAAAAAAAAAAAAAAAAAAGCGCGCCGGUCUCAUUCACAGCAGUGACCCCGUUUCUGAAAUCCCCUGUUGCGGGACGCCCGAUCGAAGACAAUUGAAAGCAAUCAGGAUCCAGUUGCCGUCUGGCUGCGCGGUGCCGCUGCUGCUGCAGGAGAUUCGCAGCGAGCCACAGCAGCGAGGAUUAGUUUAAACUAAAUAUAACCGCCUGAAGCGCCUUGUGCAUUUGUCUCAGUCACGGUGACUGCAUUUCACGGGAGUGAGGCGCGUUGCGAAGCGGUUAUUUAUGCCCCUGUGUUUAAGUGGUCUCUCCCAGCAUCUCUCUGGAUGCAUCGGACUCCCCUGCCCCGGGGCCCUGGACCCGGUGUGUGACCCCCCCUCCCUCGCCCCUCUCUCCCUCUCCUUCCUCCCCUCCCUGCCCUGUCUCCCUUCCACCUGUUCUCCUUCACCCUCCUGCCCUGGGCCCCCUGCCUCUCAACCAGCAGGCAGAGGCAGGGGGCCAUGGCGCCAUGGUAACCCUCAGUCGACGGAGCCCCCUCGCCAUGAGCAGCGGGACACCCCAAGAGGGCAGGGGUCAAGGGUCGAACGUUACCCCCCAUCGAUACAAGCCCUUCAGCUCGCACGCACACUACCAGCAGGUGAUGUGUGCGCUGCGUAAGCUCCAAGAGAGUGGCUUUUACUGGGGGGCUGUCGGGGGUCGGGAGGCCAGCUCCCUGCUGCGCUCCGAACCCCCCGGGACCUUCCUGGUUCGGGACUCCUCCGACCACCGACACUUCUUCACCCUCUCUGUCCAGACGGCCCGUGGCACCAAGAACCUGCGCAUCCACAGCGAGGGAGGGGGCUUCUUCUUGCAGCCCGACCCGCGCAGCACCCACGAGCCGCCGCAGUUCAGCUGUGUGCUGAAACUCAUAGCGUUCUAUAUGGGGAAGGGGUCUGACGCUGGCGGGGAGAGGGACGGGGCUGCCGGGGGGCAAGCAGGAGGCACGGAGGUGAAAGGGGGGAGUGUGUAUCUGAUCCACACCGGAGGGGAGAGGGUUCCCUUGGAGUUGCUGCGGCCCCUCUCCUCCUCCCUGUCCUCCUUGCAGCACCUGUGCAGGCGGACCCUGAACAACAGAGGGCUGGGGGGGGUGGAGCACACCGAGCAGCUCCCACACACACUCAGAGACUUCCUGGAGGAGUACGAUGCUCCCAUAUGACUGACAGGAACCGCACAGGUUCCACUGUAGACGGACUGGGCGCCUGGAAGCCAGAGCGCAGGCACACCAGUUCUCAGUGCGAUUACGUGUGCCAUCGGGAGCUGAGCCGAGCGAUGGCCUCAGACGCCGUUCUCAGUUUCCCCCGAAUCCGCCGAGCGCACGCUCGGUGAAGAUGGACACAGAAUCCACACAGAGCCUCCCCGCUGACCCGCGGGGCUGGGAAGAGGAAGAGGAAGCCCAGGCUUGGUCUGGGUAACCACGGAUACCGUAUCCAUCCCACUUCCCAGAACUGACCGCUGGUCUGGUGGCAGAUGAAACCCCCCCAGGUCAAAGGUCAAGGCUUGCUUUGACUGACUCAGACGCAGAGCAGAGCCUCGUAGAAGAUUAACCCGAUUGGUCGAUUUUAACAACGGCGUGAUCAAUACGCCACAGUGAUCCUUGUGGGUUUGGUUCACCCAAGAAGAUGCCUCUUCUUCUCCUUCUCCCUCUCCCCCUCUCCUCUCCUCCUCUCCUCUCCUCUAACCUGACACUUGCAACACUUCGGAUCAGUGGACAGAGAGAAAGAGAGCAAAGAACAGAAAGGCUUAGACUGAGAGAAAGAGGGAGGCGCCGGGGGAAUAGGCAAAGUCCAAAUGAGGGGCCCAAUGCAGAGAAAGUGUUUGUUUGUGUCUCUGUGUGUGUGUACGUGUGUGUGUGUGUGUGUGUGUGUGUUUUCAUGUGUUGCGGUGGCGCACACAUUUCCAUUGCUGCUUCCCAGCCAACAUUGCCUCAUAGAAGGGUGUGGGGGAGAAACACACACAUGCAGGCACACAAACACACACACACACACACACACACACGCAAGCACAUUUACACACAGGUAUAAAGGCACAGAGGUAGGUUGUGUUACUCUGGGAACAAAGGAGAAAGAGCAUCGCACAGCAUCUUUUCUCAUCCUCCUUUAAUCUCUCUCUCUCUCCCUCUCCCUCUCUCCCUCUCUCUCUGUCUCUUUCGAGUACAUAUGCUGUGACAGUGACAGAAAGCAGACUGUUGUUACCGAGACAAAAGCCUUGGCAGAGGACCCAAGCAAACAGUAGAUCUUAUUUUUAUCCUUCCUGGCUGAAAACACAACAACUACACUGUGAAGUGGAGUCCUUUAGGAUGAGAUGGGGUGGGGGUGGAGGCGGGGGGCUGGGAUGACGGCAAGGAUUGGAAGAAGGAGAAAAGAGAAGCGGGAAAUAGGAUUAGGAAAGGGAAAUGCAGGGGGAGGAGGAGCAGGAGGAGGAGACAUACUGGUAUAGUGGAAAAAAAAAAAAUAAAGCAACAGUGACAUGAUUAACGUCCUCGACUGAUAGGCCUCACGCAGGAUGCCGCUCCUGCAAACGCGAAGCCAGGUUUGCUCCUCGACAGUCACAAUCCAGAUUAGGAUGCUGAUUAGGAGCUGAUUUCACAGACCAAAUUACCCGGCUGAAAUUUGCAUGUGAGCGGGAAGCCGCACAGCGUGGGGCUACUCUUAACUCACGCAGUAUUUCCUUUCCUCUUUAUCCUCCGUCUUGGCCACCUCACUUCUUGGCGUUACAGUGUGUGUGUGUGCCUGUGUGUGUGUGUUUGUGUGCAUGUGUGGCCGUACAAACAGUAUCCUAAACUGCUCUCACCCCUUCCAGUUCUUAUAUCAUGAAGGAGACAAGGAUGUAGGAGACAAGGAGAGGAAAAUGGAGGAAAUGAACUGUGAUGUAGACAAUUCAAACCCUGCCGCAAAAUCCCAGAAAAAAAGGUUUCUCACCUCAUCUACCUUCCUUUGUUACCUCUGAACCGGGAGUGGACAAGUUUGUCGGAUCCGCCUCUCUGAAUGUCAAGGGAACACCAGUCUUCCCGAUAUGGUUCUUUCAAAAAAAAAAAAAAAAAAAAAAAAAAGAAGAAGAAAAAUGAAAAAAAAAAAAAAGCCUUCUACAAAACCGACUUGGAUUCGAUCAAAACUGCUGCAGCGUUUUUGUACCGCCUGUAUUUGAACAAUGCUUCUGUUUACCUGUGAUCUGUAUGAGAGUGGUGAUCAUUUCACGUUGUACCCUGUCGUGAUCGUCUGUGACCACUUGAAAAAGAGUGCAGAAAAAAAAAACAAAAAAAAAAAAAAAACAAACAGCGCAGCUUUGGUCCAAUCCCAGUCUUUUAUUUUAACACGUCAACAUAACGUUCACAUGUCACACACACACACGCACACACACUGAUGGACCACGAGUGUAUGUGAAUCAUUUGUCUUUUAUAAAGACUGUCUCUCACACAGGCUGGCCACUAGUCUGGCAAAUACAAGCUGUAAAAUCUGAAAUGAAACAAACAAACAAACAAACAAAAAAAGCAUUA